AUGUCAUCCCAGUCUUCCUCCGCUUCCAUCGCUCAGGGUGAUACCGAACACAGCGAUCCGGACGCGUUGCCCAACCUGGAGACUCUCGUGUCUUAUCUCAUUGUAGCCAAGCGUGGCCUGUCCUCAUAUCAUUUUGUCUGGCGGGCCAACGAGAUCGUCACCGAGGCCCGGACUGCCCUAGAAGAUAGCGUGGCCGUGUCGUCCCGGACCACAUUUUUACGCCGUGGCUUGAACAGCCAGCUUCGGCUGCUCUACAAUGUUCGAUCCGAGGUUGCGGAGAUAUCAAAACGAGGCCGAAGUGACUUCGCCGAUGCGUUGAAGAACCUAGAUGCCGCCGAUGCGCGGCUACGGGAUACUCUAGACCUGCUCCGAGAGACGAUCGUCCAUGCCUCCUUUCGACCAAAAGAUGAGGAGUCCAGGACUCUGCAUGACUUUGUAGACGAGCGCGGAGUGGAUGAACUGCACACCGCCAUGAAGGACUCCAUUGACCGCACGAAUUCCGCCCGCGGAGAAUUAGAUACCUCCAAUCGCGAAUUCGAUGACGAGCUUGAGUCUAUCCGGCAGGCACUCCAUCGGUAUCGCUCAGCCACCAAAUUGGCUUCGUCCCGUGCCUCGGUGUCUUCAUCAUCGCCGUCUGCAUCCGAAUCGGACCUCCAGGCCGUCUCCUGCAUACCGGGCAUGCUCCAGUCGUUAGAGGAACAUGCGCGAAAAAUGGCUAGGAACCUAGAAUCACUUGCUAACCAUUUUGAUCUCUGCGUGAAAGUACUGAAACAUACAGAAGGUGGUGGUGCCGCAGCGCGUUCCAUCACCGGGGAUAUGCCCACAGAUGUCAGCGGCGAGGGCGUUCUUAAAAUCGAGGAGACUCUCGAUGCACCCCAAGCCCCCAUCUCGCAGAAAGAAUAUCGAGAUAUGUUACAGGUCAUUGUAAACGACACCCCCGUUGCAGAAGACGUGGUGGUGGAAUUCCAAGACCGCAUUAACGACAUGGAAUCCAUUUUUGAGCAAGUCAUGAUCCAGCGCGACGCACUCUUAUCCAUCUCCAAUGCCACACUGGAAGUCCACCGCCAUCUAUCCACACUCGCAUCCACCGGCCUCCCACGAUACAUUGCGCAAGCGCAUAACUUUACCCACGUCUGGAGCGAAGAGAACGACCGCAUUAACUCAGGUCUGACCGAACUAUCCGACCUCCACGCCCUGUACGAAGGGUUCCUGAAUGCAUAUGAUAGUCUGAUCUUGGAAGUCGCUCGCCGAGCCCACGUUCGAAAGCGCGUGGAGAAAGUCCUUCAGGACACUCAGCAUAAACUAAGCCAACUCUACGAAGAAGACGUCUCCGCCCGCGAAGCCUUCCGCGUCGAACAGGGCGAUUUCUUACCCUCCGAUAUAUGGCCUGGCAUUGGUCGUGCGCCGAUGCAGGUGGAAUUCCUGCGAGUCUCGGGCGGCCAACUUGAAGGUGCCCGCGGCAAUGAAGACGACACUGAAAAGCAAGCCGAUGGCGCUGGCGCCAAGGUCCCCAUGACUGAGGACCCUUCGCAGGGCGAAGUCAUUCCUGCUCUGCCGAAGGAUGUGGUUGAACAGGCCUAUGCGCGUGUUAGAUCAAGAACGCGGGACCUUGUUUAG